AACGCCAGCAAGAAAUAAAUUGGAAUGAAAAAGUGAAUUUAUUUUCGGGACCGUGUGCUAAAAAUGUUAGACGAAUGCACAUUUUUGCGGUUGUAGCCUCGUAAAUCUCGUUCGUAAAUGCAGACCAUUUCGCACUAGCAAUCCAGUCUCCAAUGAAUAUAUUUAAUCUCGGGCGCGUUUGCUCUGCGUGGAAGUGUGCGAGUGUUUUGGAAACAUCAGCGAGUCAGUGAGUGGGAGGAGGAAGCUGAGACCCGUUUUCCCAUAUUGAAUUUUAAACCUUUAUUGCCGGAGAAGGAAUAUACAAUCCUAAACAACAAGCAACAUGUUAAUCUGCGAGAGAUUAACGUUAAUAACAAUAUUUUUCAUUUUAUAUUCUUAACGCUUGCAGCAUGGCUUGGCGACGAUGUUCGGACGGUGCUUGAUUUUAGGCCUGGCUUUCAAUCUGGAAAUUUCUUGUCCAGGGAAGCAAUAGCCAUCGUUUUGCAGUCUAUCAAACACGCUAGCUAUCGGAGCUCACAUAGCUAACGCUAGCAAUUUCGCUGCCUCCGCUCACCACAACGAUGCGGACUAUAUCAAUAAGUCUUGGAUGUCCGAUAUGAUCAUUGGAUGACCGAUGUAAUUCCAGCUUUCAGCAUUUCGGCAUCUCAAACGAGAUCGUGUAUGGGAUUGUUGGCUAGCAAACUAGCUACCUAGCUAUCUCGCCUUAACUCGCGCAUCUACGCAAAUAUGAAUUGGAGGCGGCUGCUGCGGAUGUCCAACCGCUCGUUCCUGGCCUUCAUCUUCUUCUUCUCCAUGUCUACAUCUUGCCUUUAUUUCAUUUAUGUUGCCCCUGGAAUAGCCAACACCUACUACUUCAUGGUCCAAGCCCAGGGCAUGAUGCUCAGGGACAACGUCCGGACGAUCGGUCACAUGAUCAGAUCGUACACCAAUAAGAACAGCACGCUGAACGGCACCGAUUACCCUGACGGCAGUAACUCCAGCGAAUUCAUCGUUCACCCCACCGCAUAUCUCCCCGAAAAUUUCACCAUUGCACGCGAUCUCCCGUGCCCCGAGAAACUACCUUCUAUGAAGGGUCACAUCGAUGUGAACAUGACUGAAAUCCCCAUGGAGGAGAUCCAGCUUAGAUUUUCCCAGCACCUGAACGUCCAGUCUGGGGGACACUGGAAACCUCGAGACUGCAGACCCCGUUGGAAGGUGGCCGUUCUCAUUCCCUUUCGAAACCGCCACGAGCACCUGCCCAUCCUGUUCCAGCACCUCACCCCCAUGCUGCAGAGGCAGCGCCUGCAGUUUGCGUUCUACGUCAUCGAGCAGACCGGCACCCAACCCUUUAACCGGGCCAUGCUGUUCAACGUGGGCUUCAAGGAGGCCAUGAAGGACCUGGACUGGGACUGCCUGGUCUUCCACGACGUGGACCACAUCCCCGAGAACGACCGCAACUACUACGGCUGCGGGCAGAUGCCCCGGCACUUCGCUGCCAAGCUCGACAAAUACAUGUACAUUCUUCCCUACAGUGAGUUCUUUGGCGGCGUGAGCGGUCUCACCGUGGAGCAGUUCCGGAAGAUCAAUGGAUUUCCCAAUGCAUUCUGGGGCUGGGGAGGGGAGGAUGACGAUCUCUGGAACAGAGUGCACUACGCUGGUUUCAACGUGAGCCGGCCAGAGGGGGACGUGGGAAGGUACAAGUCCAUCCCGCACCACCAUCGGGGGGAGGUGCAGUUUUUGGGCAGGUACAAGUUGCUGAGGUACUCCAAAGAGAGGCAGCACCUCGAUGGUUUGAACAACCUGAAGUACACGCCUGAGGUCACUCUGAGUGGCCUGUAUAAAAACAUCACCGUCGACCUGUCUCCGGAUCUGGCGCCUGUCGAAGACUACUGAGCGCGUCCGUCGUCGUCCGCGCGCGGGAUUUACGAACCUUUGCGCCUGGUCCGCUGUGACCUUUUGAAGGAAGCCUUGACCGUAGGGCACUGUUAACUGGAACUGUAAGGGUGUGCUGCCAAGUUACUGUUAUCCUCAGGAAGGAUUCUGCUGGAGGGAAAAAUCUAUGGUGUGUGGUUGUGUGUGUGUGUGUGUGUGUGUGUGUGUGUGUGUGUCCUGGCAACAAAUUCUACAUAUUUCAAAUGGAAGGAGUGAUGGCCUCAAGAACUAUGGUGUCCACAGCAAACCCUUAAAUGCAUUUAGGCUCUAGACUGCAUUUUGUAACUUAUUUUGAAUUUUGUUCAUAAAACAUUUCACGCUUAUCUCCAUCACGUUUUUGUCCUAACGUAUUUCUACGCAUAUCUAUUUUAUUUCUUUAUUUUUUUUUUUGUUCCUAAGGGCAAAGAGGAAAAGGUUCAAGAUUUGUACGGCAUAGGUCUGAUGUAAAUUUACAAAGAAACAUUUUUGGAAGUUAAGUUUCACGAGCACUCCUGUUGGUACUGUAUGUAUGAUAAUAGGCGUUUUCCAGUCCUUCGGCUGUAUAUUGUACCAUACCGGUCAGACCAUUCGCAUGAAUGCAACAUGUAAAUACUGCCAUUUAAAAUUUGUCUAGCAUAUUGGAAUUAUUAUGAAGUGUGUUCUACGAAAUCUUGUUUUGGCAGCUGUACCUUUGCCCCCCCACCCCAUCCACCCCCACCCGCCCUUUCAUGUAUGGCUGAUAAAAUGAUGGGCUUUCUGUACAGGAAGUCUAAUUCAUAAACACAAUGUGCACCGAACAUUUGAAGGAAAAUAUUUUUCGGUUGACAGUACUUUCUGCAUGCCUUAAUUUAUUUUGUUACUAGGGAAAUAAAAUAAUUUUUUGUAAAAAAAAAAAAUAAAAAUAAAAAUAAAAUAUAAAAUUCAAGCUUUUUAAAAAGUUGCAUAGGAUUUUUAUUUAUUAUUUUUUUUUGAAGUGCACUGUGUAAAGAAACUCUAUGGUUAGCAGUUAAAAGGUGGGCCUGCUGGGUACAGCUAUGGGGUGGGGGGGGGGCAGCUGCUGCUGAAUGGCAGAAUGUUUCUGACAUUGAUAGCACAGGCUGUACUGUGAGCUUCCACCUGGUUUGCAUCAUUGCAUUGGAACCUAAGCUAGCAGCAGGUCAGGAAAAAAGGGCUACAUGACAGAGCAACCGGUUUUGUUCUUGAAUGGCAUUGGAAAAUGAAUAUAUGGGUCAUGAGCACCAAAAAAAAGCUUACAAAAGGAAGUUGUUACAUCAUUGUACCCAUUGUCAUCUUUUUGGCGGUGUUCAUAUUAUUAUUUUGUGUGUGUGUGUGUGCGUGCGCGUGCGUGAUGGGGGGAAAAAAAAAAAUGUAUUUUUUUUUUUUUUUUUCUCCAGCAUUGAGGUUUUGCUUGUACACUCGCCAGUGUUCAUGUUCAAACCGUUUAGUAGAUACAACUGUGGUGCUGGCUGCACUUCAGUCUUGAGUGUGCUGUAGGAUCAGAACCUUGACCCAAUCACUGACCACAAGGGAAAGGUAUGGAUGACCAUUAUUUAGGACUGUCCUGGGCAGCAGGAAAAAAAAAAAAAAAGGCCCACCUCCAGUGUAGACUGAUAUUUCAGCUGAACUGUGGGUUGAAAGUCUUUAUUUGAUUUUUGUUACGCAAGCCUGGUUGUAUACAUAUGCCCAUAAAACUGAAAGAAUCCUAGCAAGGUAGCUGUGCCAAAGUCCAUGUAACUAUUAUCUUUUCUGAAUUUCUGGAACCAACGAAACAAGUUUAAAAUCCAGACUUGAAGGAAAUGAAGAAACAAAGUCUACUGUAAAAUGUACAUCACGUAUGCUAUACUUGUUCAAAGAAAAAAAAAAUACUUUGUGUACAUACACUCGUACAUCAAUACUUACAUAUACACAUGUGGGAAAUAUCAAUUAGACUAAUUAUGAGGGCACUAGUGCAUUGAAUCGGAGUUUAGCACAUUUCAGUCUUCAGUCCCGCUACCUGCAAUAUUCGUUGGAUGAAUGUUUUUUUUUUUUUUUUUUUUUGGGUUUCUAAGCUAUUUUGUGUCCACCUAAGGAGCAGAAUAAACGGCUGCUUUUGGAAUCUGAGCACUGUUUUGAGAAGCUCAUAUUAUAUCAUAUCAUAUUUUUUUCAGCGUAACGUUUGACACGCUGCAGUAGUGGCUGCCAAUGGAAUCACACUGAGAACGGUUUACGUUUGUCCUCCGCUCGCCAGGGACCGCCUGGCGUGUCCGUUUGCUGCGUCUGUUUCUGAAAUAUCCUAAAUGAUUUUUUAUUUUUAUUUUUUUAUUUUUUAUGUAUUCACCAUUACAAUGUUGUAAUGUGAAUUAUUGCAGUAUUCUUAACUGUGCCUUUAUUGUUUUGUUUCUUUCAGAUGUUUUAGAAAUGCUCUUUUAAAUUUUUAUUUAUUUUUAAGUUUUUUUUACAUUUUUUGGUUGUGAAGUAAGGAUUGGGGUGUUGUCAUUUUGAGUGUGGAUGUUUUUAAGGUUUGAUUUUGAUUCAUGAACUGUGACCUCGAUGGAAGAUAUGAUUGAAGACAAAAAUAAAUUUAAAAAAAAAGAAAAGUUUUGUUUUUGUUAUUGUGGGCUAACAUUCCCAGUGAAAGUCUUAAUGGAAUGGAAUUUUGAACGGUGUGUUCCAAAUUACAAGGUGUAUGCAAUUACCACUCUACAUUUAAAAAAAAAAAAAAAUUUAUUUAAUCCAUUCACCUCCUGCUGUGUAAUGACAAGAGUUUCUAGCUAAAAUGUUGGACUUUGCAACCUUGUUUUUAAACAAAUGUGAAUAAAUACUUCCAUUGCCAUAUUCA